GGGGGGGACGCGGACGCCAGCUAGCCCACUCCCAUGUCCCAUCACGCCGCCGGCCGGCCGGCCGCGCAGUCCCCUCCCCUCACCGGCUCGCCUGUUGGGCGUCCGUAGUCCGCACCAUCGCUGGCUCCUCCGCGGGCCAGACCGGCACUGCCGAUCUGCCGUAGCAAGUUAAGCAAGCCGUCCUGCUUGAUGAAAUGUCGGCAUCAACAUCCAUUCCCUGUGGUUCAAAGAGUGCGGGAGGCAACGGGAAUGGUGUUGACAGGCUCAGCAGCCUGUCAGACGAUCUGCUCCACCACGUGAUGUCCUUCUUGCCGAUGCCGGAGGUCGUGCACACAAGUCUUCUCUCACCAAGAUGGCGCUUUCUUUGGUGCUCUACACCAUUCAUCCGCAUCGACAGCGAAGACUUCAUGGAUCAGUGCAAGCUGGAGAAGUUCGGGGACCGCUUGCUGCUCUUGCGUGACGGUACUAUUUCCUUGAAUGAAGCCCGAAUCCAUGCCUACCGUGCUGAUAGUGCCACGUGUUCCGCAUGGAUUCGUCAUGCCAUUAUGCACAAAGUUCGCCUCCUUCAUAUUUCUGGGUUUCUCCGUUUGGAUAGCACAGCAACGUUUCCUUCUCGGCACCUCAAAAUAAUCAGGCUGCAAUCUGUCACGUUGAAACAUGGGUUAUUUAGGCCAUUGAACUACGACUGCCCUGUUCUUGAACAUUUAGAGCUGGAGUUGUGCAGUGUAUGUGACCAUGAGGAGAUCUCAUCAAGCUCAGUCAAGGUUCUGGAUGUCAGUCACUGCCUCAUUAUCUCCAGUCUCCUGAUUUGUGCUAGGAACCUUACCCAUCUCUCUAUCCUUCACCCAUAUGCUGGUGCUAUAGUAACUAGGGGUCUGUCUUCUCUGGUGACAGCUUUGAUUAAUCUAAGGCCUAAAUCUUUUCAUCAUAUGGGCACAGUAAUGGAUCAUCAUCUACUUGACGGCCUUCCGCAUGCCACAACGUUGGAGCUGCAUGCGCCAUUGCAUGAGCGCGCAUUUGAGGGAGGUAUGCUAACAUGCCCAGCAUUUAGCAACCUGACAAGCUUGGUGCUGGGUGAUUGGGUCAUGACUGCUGACUUCUACCCAUUGCACCGCAUUCUCCAGCUCUCAGACAAGCUGAAGGACCUAACUUUGAAGCUCGAAAUGGAGGAAUGCAGCACAUGCAAAGCCUUGCCGCCAACAAGGAGAGCGCCGACGUCGGCCUCAGGCAGCUACCCUUGCAUCGAGAGGAUCAAAAUCUACUGCCGGAAAGAACAUCUGAGGGUCGAUGAGUUGGUGCAGGCGUUGCUGCUCAUUGCCGGCAAUGCGAAGAUCAGCAUCGAGCGUCGGCCCUGAUCCGUGCUAAGCAAGACCUCGUUCGCAAAAUCGGCGCAGUAUAUGUACCGUUCGCUGAAACAUUUUAUAGGUUUUUUAGCCAAAUAUUUUAUUGUUCUUCUCAUGUUGUGCCUGUGUGCAUCACUCUUGUGAAGUUCAGUGAACUUCAGUCCAUGCCUUUGCAGCAACGAUGCCCAGACCUGGAGCGUUGCCUUGUCCGGACAACGGCUGAGAAAAGCUUUUGGAAUGUGAACAUGAGCUUCCGAAUUAUUAGCGAAUUUGCGGUUCCCCAGUUAUAUUAGCUAUCAA